UCACUCAUCACACCAGCAGCUCGGGAGCAGAGAGAAGAUGGGAAUUAAACUGUUUUCCUUCGCUGUGGCCAGCGUACUGCUAGGAUACUAUGUGUAUCUCCCUCUCCCGGAGACGCUGAACGAGAGAUGGAAACUGAUGGUGGUGGAUACCUGCUUUCGAAGUUUGGAAAACCUGGCCGAGCUGACUGAAUUCAUUGGGCUGAAACACUACAUGGAGGUGAUGAUGCUGCUCACUGUCGCAGAGAUGGUCGGGCCGUCGUCCGACGAGAAUGUCACUGUGGUGGACACCACCUUUAAUGGGGUUGCAGUUCGUGUCUUUGAGCCGACCAAUAGGAACCCAGGACUGAGGCGGGCAGUCAUUUAUAUGCACGGUGGCGGCUGGUGUUUAGGAAGUGCAAAAAUGCAGCCUUAUGAUGUCCUGUCGAGAAAGACUGCAACAGAACUGAAUGCCGUUAUUGUUUCUGUGGAAUAUCGGUUGGCACCACAGCAUCAUUUCCCCGAUCAGUUCAAUGAUGUCUAUGCUGUGGUGAAGUACUUUCUCCAGAGGGAUGUGUUGGUCCAAUACUUGGUGGAUCCGGGUAGAGUUGCUGUAGCUGGAGACAGCGCUGGAGGGAACUUGGCUGCUGCAGUGGCUCAACAGAUCAAGGAAGACCCUGAGGUUCAAGUUGAAAUCAAGAUUCAAGCAUUGGUGUACCCUGCACUUCAGACCAUUGACUUCAACACUCCCUCCUACCAGCAGAACAAGAACAUGCCCAUCCUGCCCAAGACCCUGAUGGUCAGGUUCUGGAGUGAAUACUUCAGCCGCGACAAGUCACUACUGAGGGAGAUGAUGGCCAAUACCCACACCAGCCUUGAAGCCAAAGACUUGAGCAGCCUGGUAAACUGGAGUGUCCUUCUGCCGGAGAAAUUCAGGAAGGAGUACAAGUACACCCCACCCGGCGGGGGGAAGGAGGGCACCAGGGUGCCCGGCGUCUUCGACCCGAGGGCCGCUCCCCUCCUGGCGGGGGACGAGAAGCUCAGGGCGCUCCCCCAGGCUUACAUCAUGACCUGUGAGUUUGAUGUCCUGAGAGAUGACGGGACCAUGUACGCCAUGAGACUGCAGAGAGCCGGCGUCCAGGUGACUCUCGAGCAUUUCGAGGAUUGCUUCCACGGUGUCCUGAUGCUCAUUACGUGGCCGGCCAAUUUCGCCAUCGGCCAGAAACUAAUGAGUCGUUAUAUUGACUGGCUUCAAGAGAAUUUGUAAACAGAUUUUUAAUAUUAUUCUCACCGGCCUCCCACUAUGUACCACACUACUUCCAUACCUGUGGAUUAUCAGCAAGUGAUUCUAUCUCCUAAUGAUCCACUUCCCUGAUUAUUGUUGUAUUUAACCUAUAGUUUUACUGAAGUGUGUUUGGUCAGGGAUUAUAAUCACUUGAAACAAAAUAUUUAAAAGAAACUUACUGGGUACAGAAGAAUGGAGGAGGCUGAUGUUGCAUAGUUUAAGCACAGGGAUGCAAACCGGACCAUUUAGAGUCAUAAGGAGUGAUAGAGCAUGAAAACAGGCCCUUCGGCCCAACUGGUUCAUGCCGACCAAGAUUCCCAUCUAAGUUAGUCUCAUUUGUCCUUGUUUGGCCCAUAUCCCUCUAAACCUUUCCUAUCCAUGUACCUGUCCAAGUACCUUUUAAUGUUGUUAUUGUACCUGCCUCAACCUCUUCCUCUGGCAGCUCGUUCCAUAUACUGACCACACACUGGGUGAAAAAGUUGCCCCUCAGGUUCCUAUUAAAUCUCUCCCUUCUCACCAUAA